CUAGCUUAUAUUAGCGUAUGCAUAACAUUUUACAUUAGAGAGGCAAGUUUUAUUUUCAAUAAGUAAUUGUGAUAAAAUGGCGUUCGAUGUUUGGAUUUGACAAAAAGAAUAUAAAGAAAUUAUAUUAACUUGGUAAACACAAAAGACGAUGGCGACAGCUGGUCUUUUUUCACCGGAAAAUGAAAAUUUCUGCAGAUAUUUUCGACUUGUCAAUGAAACUGCUGUAAAACCCUUACGGAAAAUCCUCGAGAAUGCUGCAACUGCCCGCAAAUUGACUGUAGAAACUUUCCUUUUGAACCAUCAAAAGUCAUUGAAAGUACUUUUCCAGAGAGGCAUAAUACAAAAACACCAAUAUGACAAAAUUUUUCCACAAACAGGUCCUUUUGUAAUUGAAAAUAUUGAUUUGACUCUUAUUUGUGCUAUUAUUAAAAAUAUUUGUAUUUUAUCGAUUAAAGGAAGGAAUGCAUGUGAAGAUAUAAGAAAUUCUCGGAACGAACUUUGCCAUACGUCCGACAUUGCUUUGUCAAGAUUAGAUUAUUAUAGUAAAUUUUCUUAUGUUCACAACAAAAUUAAGAUACUACUUCAAGAGUAUCAAGAUGUGAACUUUGAGACGGCGAUUGAAAGUGAAAUUAAAAAUAUUGACGAAAGCCCUGUUAGUGUGUCACCUGUACUCAACCUUUUUAAGGAUUUCCUCUUUGCCUUUGCCCAAGACUCGAGAAUAGCUGAGACAGUUGCUGACAGAAUUCGCCAAUUAGAAGUAUCAGUGACUGAUAUAUAUUCAUCCACUGACAAAAAACUAAGAGAUAUAUAUGCAAGAGUUGAAAAGCAGCCAAUUUUGACCGCAGAAGCUAUACAAAAUAUUCAAAAAGACACUCCACGAAAGGAGAUUGAACCACUUUUGAAGCAAACUGAAGCAGUUUUAAAAAGGAAAUCAGAAUAUGUUUUAACCCAACAAUUUAAAAAAAUUGAAAAGCUGUUAGAGUCUUCCGCCAGUGUAGUUAUUAGUGGUGGAGCAGGAGAAGGUAAAACCUAUGCUGCAUAUGAACUUAUGCGUCGAAAUGGACAAGAGAACAAUUGUAUACAGAUACAUAGUCCCGAUGACGUACGAUUUGUAGACCCACGUAUGUUGGAUUUCGUAUUUAUCGAUGAUAUUUUCGGAAACCAUGAGGUCGACGAAAGUAAAUUGCAGUCAUGGUUACAAGUUAUGGAACAAUUACAGCAACUUGUAAAUGCAAAAGCAAUUCAUUUGAUCAUUGCAACACGAGAAAUUGUUCUCAAAGAAUGCAAAAAAAAUUUAGAAAAAUUCUCUAUUUUCAAUAAUACUUUCUCAUUAUCAUCGAGGAAUUUAAGUCUUGAUGAAAAAAAAGAAAUACUUACCCUAGCGUUGAACAAUAAAAAGAAACGUUUUAGUAGUGAAGAAAUUCAACGCUGUGUUACAACUUUCAGUUCAGAUCUUGGAUUUCCUUAUACAUGCGUUUUGUUUGCAUCUGAUGAAUGUUUCUUCAACAAGGGUGCAUCAUUUUUUAAGCAUAACCCAUUUUUGAAUUUUGAUGUUUUUAAAACAUUGAACGACUGUAAAAAGCUCUCUCUUCUCUUUAUUUGGAUUAAAGACGGAACUUUGCCGGUUGCUUUGAAACGAGGAAAUGAAAACGAUGAAGUUCUUAAAAAAAUAUCUCAAAUGCUAAAUUACGAGCAUGCAAUAGACGUAUUAUAUGGUGAGGUCAAUAAACAUUGUAAAAUUAUGGAUGGAGUUUUUGUAAAUGCUGGAUCAUACGGGUAUCAGUUUACACAUAAUACGGUCUAUCAAGCCAUUGGUCAUUUUUUUGCCCAGAUAGGGUUCUACGAUUUGAUUUUAGAAUAUAGUAAUUUAGCUUUCUUUAUGGAAUGUUUUUCAGUCACAGAAGACCAUUAUCGAUCUGAUCGUGUUUUUAUACGAAGAAACUUUUACCAGAAUUUAGUUGACAGAAUAAUAACUGAAGUAAUUGGCAGAAACCAUUACCGUGAAAUGGCGAUGCAUCCCUGCUUAACAAAUGAAAUACUUGAAAUAUUAGUUAAAACAUUGAAGAAGAAGAAAAAGCUUAAAGAUUUUUUCUUCUCUGGCAUAUGUUCCAGUGCGUCAGUCACCGAGUAUUCUAUCAGCAACACAUUUCUUUCCUACUAUUUAGAAACAUGUGCAGCAGAAUCAUGUUCAUUUCUAAAACAGUUACAAGGUCAAUUAAAAUGUAGCAAACGUUUACAUAAAAAUAAAUGCAAAAUAUGUUACCUGUAUAAAGAAUCGUAUCACGGUGCAUGUCGAGGAGGAAAUAUUGACGCGCUUAAGCUACUUACUUUUGUAAAAUGCGAUAGUUCAAUUUUACUUGAUGCUGCACACAGUGGGAGUAUUUCAAUGUAUAAAUACAUUCAUAAGCUUUUAGACCCAGAAAAACGUAAAAGCCAUGAAACACAAGCAUUAUUUAUUGCCGUUGAACACCAGGACUCUGAGAUGUAUACUGUUAUUCGAAAAUUAGGGUGUAGACCAAACUCUGAAUGUUUGUUGAAAGCAUCUAAAGCAAAAAACAGUGAACUACUUGUUAAUAUUAUAAUCGACAUGUACGUCUCGCAUGCAUUAAAUGAAGAUAAAAACGUAAAAUAUGCGCAACGCACGUUAUUUAGCAUGGAUGUUUUAGACGCUUUUAUCCUUGUCGGAAUGUGCCCGACUAAGUAUGAUAUUGCUCGCUCAAUGUCACUGGAUAUGAAAGCUGUAGAGUCGAUUUUGUGGGAUUUGAAAUACAAAGUAAGAGAAAAAGAACGUAGUAUAAAUGAACAUAUAAUAGAACUAUGGAAAAAUGUUACGGAAGACCAAGACCUUAAAGAAAAGCUGGAAGAGAUUGGUCUGCUUGAUACAUAUUUUUACCUUGAACAACAAGUAAUGAAAGGAAAUUCCGAAAAAGUAGAACACAUUAUCCAGCAUUUAAAGCGGAAAGAAAAUUGGGACGCAACCAGUUUCUUUGCUUGUAACUUGCUCAACCUCAGUCUACCAGAGACAAAACAUACGUUUGAAUAUUUACUUAAUCUAGGAGUAAUACCGAAUUAUACAACAUUGUUAAAGUCAGUUGCAACGGAUGAUAAAAGUAUUGUGAAAAUGACUUUAGACAAAAUGAUAGCAUCUGAAAAAUUUGACCCUUUGCACAAAGGAUCAAAACAGGCUUUGUUGCUGUCAACUUUGAACUGUGACAUAUAUAACAGUUUGAUAGAUAUUGGAAUGGAUCCAAAAGCGUACCAUUUCCUUUAUGUAGUAGAGAGUAACAGGGAUACUGAAACAAAAAUUAAAAUAAUCAAUAACUUGUACUCGACGGUUGAAAAAUGCAAUUGCCUCCAUAAAUUAGACAAGAAGACAAUGCAACUGGCUCUACUUGGAGCUUUCGAGGAUAUUGAUGUGUAUACAUGUCUGUUGAAAAAGCCAUUUAAACUUCAGUCGAGGUUAUUACCGGUAAUAGUAUCUCGGGGAUGUGUUUCACAGGUAGAACGCUUAAUAACAAACUUGAAAGAUCAAAAGGAUUGGCCGCCAUUGUUUGAGGCAACAAAGUUGUCUUUAGAAUGUUCCUUUUACAUGCCAAGCAUUUUUGCGGUGUUUAUGGAAGAAAUUUCUGUUGAGAACUCUGGGGAUCAAAAUAAGAUUUUACCUUACCAAAUUUUGCUUGAGUGCAGAAGAAAUUCAUUUAAUAAAAUCGAGAAGUACAUUUCAAUAUUGAAACAGAAUAACUUAUGGGACCCCAAAAAUGUCAUUUUGAAAUGUUCACUUCUUGAAAGCAGUCAUGAUCAAGCAACGUGUACAUUAUUUGAAGACAAUGGAGUCGUAGCAAAUGAUAUAUUGGAUACUGUAUAUGAAAAAGGAAACUUUGAGAUGCAGUCAUACAUAAUAGCAUAUCUUAGUAGAAAGGGCCAACAGAUCAAUUUAAAUAAUUUAAAUGAAGACAUAAUUAAAUCUCUUUCGUCUGUCCCAAGUCUUUGUUCUGGACAUAUGUUACGUAGAGCUGUUGAGGUGUGUGACAAUGAAGUCGUUCUGAAAAUCUUUAAUACACUGAACAAUACGGAUCCAUAUUUUAUAAAGUCAGAGUUUGCAUCGGACAUAUUAGAACUUAGUUCUAAAAGGCUCGAUAUUUAUACAAGUCUUUUCGAGAAAGGUUUGAUUCCUACUAUUAAAUGCCUUCUGAACGUUAUUAAAAAUGGUUCAUUUAUAUUAUUUCAUGAUACAAUGGAAUCUUUAAAUGCUUUGGACAAACUUGUUUUGACAGACGAAUUAGAAAGAGAUUUGGUUCAAGAGUCAACCAAGAGGGGUUCGGUGCGUUUUUACCUCUCUCUUACAGAGUAUGGGAUCAAGGCACAUUUCGAGGACUUAAUUUCUGCAAGUUAUUCAAAGAAUUUAUCUGUUUGCUAUCUAUUAGUAAAUGACAUUGAAAGGGACAUAUUAGAAAAGUGUCCCGAUGGUAUUGAUGUUGUAAUAUCACACAUGUUUCCUUUGUACAAACAAAUGCGUGAAAAAGGGCUACAACUUAGCCCUCCAACCCUUCUCAAAUUGACACAAUUAUUUCAGGAAGGGAAAAUUAGUUUUUCAAAUAUCCUGACAUUAAUGAAAGAUUACUUUUCCUGCCAAAUUUGGUCAUUCAGUGAUAAAAGUUUGUCUGAGGUAUAUGAGCUGUCCAAAGGAAAUAAAUACCUUUUUUCUAUUCUUGACGUUUAUUAUAAAUCCGAAAUUGAAUCUCAUCUUCUUAAUGCUUUGAUGCAAAGAGAUACAGUAUCAAUAAAAGAGUAUUUGAAACAGAACUUGACUAAUACAGGGCGCGUUUUACCAGGUGUAAUUAGAAAAGCAUUAAUAACUAGGAAACGAUUGGACAAGGGGUGUACACAACUGAUAUAUGAAUGGAUAGGAAACUCUCAUUGUGAUCAAAGCUUGAGAAUACUUUCGUCUGUACUAUAUUCAGAUACAGAGAACACACUUCAAAUUCUCUAUGAAAUGUCAGAACAAACGAAAACUACACUAAAUAAUGAUGUUUUACAAACUGCUCUUGAAGAGGCUAUCUAUAAUAAGAAAACUGGUCUAUAUCUUUCAAUUCUAAAAGAAUGUCGUGUUACGCCCACAACCUAUUGUUUACUUUAUACUUUACGUCAUAAUUAUGAUGCUUGCUUUAAGUUAACACUUAAAAAACUUCCUGGAUUUCGAAAAUCAUGCAUUGAUCCUUAUUACAAAACGUCACUCGCCCUGUGUUGUCAAAAUUCAGAAAUUGAUAAAUUUAAAGCUCUUUUGGAAAAAUGCAAAAUAUGUGAUACAGAGCUUUUAUUUGAAGCUGUUCUCUGCAAGAAUGAACAUAUAUUCCAACUUGUUAAAGAAAAUUUGAUAAAACACGACCAAUGGGAUUUUAGCUUGCAGGAAUACUGGACCGCCUCUGCAUUGAUUGAGGCUGAAGACAGUCCCUUAAUUAAGUGUCAGUUUGAGUCAUACUACGAUGACACCGUUAAUGGACGUGACACUGAGAUAUAUGAGCAACCUGAUAAACACACAUACUCAGAUUACGAGAAUCCUGAUGUUGAGGAAGAGGAUCAUGAUGACAAUAAAUCUGAAAAUGAAUAUGAGGAUUUAGACAGUUUUAUAUUCCACGAAAAAGCAUAUUGGUCGUUGAAACAUAUUCAACGGGACAAUUUCUAGUAUCUCUUAAGAUUCUUUUUCUCUUUUUCUAUAUUUAUCUUCAAUCGUCUGAUAAAAUUUCAUAUGAUGACCUUGUCCAUAGGUUUACAUUGUACUGGUAUGUUUGUGUUUUUGAUAAUACAAUUGGCCUGGAAGAAAAAACUAGUUUGAAAAUUGCAGGUAGGAUUUCAGCCGAAGAAGGUUAUUAGUUAUUUCGUUUUAUAUUGAUCAUUUGGUGCCGGAUACUUAAAAAGAGAUGAAAUACUUAUUUUGUCUUUUUAAAUAUUCUGUUGGUAUGUGUAUAAUGUGGUUCAAUUACUUUUACUUAGAGUUUAUUUCUUUUGUUUUUUGAUAUCCUUAAAUCAAUGUAUGCACAUUAGGAACAUUGAUUUUUUUGUUUUGUAAACGCUUUUGCUGCUGUGAAUCCCUCUGCAAUUUUUGCAAUCAUUGUGGUAUGCCAAAAAAAUCGUUAUAACACACAAAAACACGAACAUUUAUAUUUACGUCGCACCAAUACGGACCUCACGUGUCAUCCGUGCACUAUUCCAGGUACAAGGGUGCACCUUAGUUAGAAAAACUCUGAUAUUUUAAUUUUGGUAUGUCAUGUAAUUAAAAUCGAGAUAACUUAAAACUAUAUUUUGAAAAGGUUAAAGCAAAUAAAUGAAAUAAUAUAUUAUAAUUCAAUUAUAUUCAUGAAAUUUCAAACAAAUAAUAUAGACAUAUUACCAUUUAUGGGAACAGAAACACUAUCAGUUUUUUGGAUAGUUAUUUUUGAAACUAAAUUUGAAAUUAAAUCCAAACAACUUAUGAAAUGAUACAUAUUUUAUACUUGCAUCUUAUUAAAAUGUAUCCA